AUGGCGGUUUCAGAAGAAGAGUCUUCGUCUACUGACGGUAGUAAUAAAUCGAGAUCAGCUUCCAAUGGCGCUUACUAUCUCGCAAAGACAGUUCUCAGAGGGAGCGUUGUUCUUCAAGUGGUUCAUGGUCACUUCCGCUCUCCUUCCUCCAACGACAUCGUCUUUGGCAAGUGGUUUGUUAUAAUAGAUGUUCACAAAUUCAUGGUUCAGUUUAUGCAUUUAGAGCUUCUGAGAAUGCAACUAUAG